GCAGCAGCGGCUCCACCACCACAACCAGCAGCAGCAGCGAUGGCCGCUUUCCGCAGAGUGGCUGCUCUGGCCGGGAAGAUGAACCUCUGGUCGGCGGCAAGAACAGAGCUGGUCGGCGGUCAGAGGGUCGGUGGAGGGAGGGCCCGGGGCUGUGCUGCGGUCGGGAUGUGUGUCGCGGCGGGAGGCGCCGUGGCUCUUUACUUCUACAGCGACAUGGCGAGCGGCAGAGGCAGGAAGAGGAGGAUGGAGAGACACAGCAUCAACGAUUUACUGCCGACCUUCCCCAGAGUCCAGGCCAAGGAGAAGGGACGUCCGUUUGACUUUGAAGACGGAGACGUGUACAUGUCCUCCCACGAGCAUCGUUUCCGCAUGUUCAGCUCGGUGGAGUAUGAAGGGCAGCUGUACAUGACCCCGCAGAACUUCAUCGAGUCAGUCACCAUGAGUGAACCAAGAAACAAGAGGCCCUGGAGGUCCCUGACCAAACAGGAGCUGGAGAAGAUCCUGUCAGACACUCCCCCAGUAUGGAGAGGAUCGUCUAAACUGUUCCGCAACCUGAGAGAACGAGGCAUCAUCUCUUACACGGAGUAUCUGUUCCUGCUCUGCAUCCUGACAAAGCCCCACGCUGGUUUUAAGAUUGCUUUCAAUAUGUUUGAUGCAGACGGCAACCAGAUGGUGGACAAGAGGGAGUUCUUGGUGCUUCAGGAGAUCUUCCGGAAGAAAAACGAGAAGAAGGGAAGGAAGGGAGAUGCUGAAAAGUCAGCACAGUUGAGUAUGCAGCUGUAUGGAUAUCAGGUUGCCCCCAUGAACAGCGUGCUAAAAAAAGACAGUCAGGAGUUUAUGGCGCGGAGUUACUGGGACGUUCUGAGGCGAAGUGCCAGUCAAGUCCUGUUUUCUGACCUGGCGGAGGAUUUUACCCUGGAGCGAGCGGAUGAGACUAUCACGAUCGACACCACCCUGCUGGUCCAUUUCUUUGGGAAGAAAGGGAAGGCAGAGCUGACGUUUGAUGACUUCUACAGGUUUAUGGACAACCUGCAGACAGAAGUGUUAGAAAUUGAGUUUCUGACUUACUCCAAAGGAAUGACAACCAUCAGUGAAGAAGACUUUGCAAAAAUCCUUCUGCGCUUCACCAAUGUGGAGAACAUCAGCGCCUAUCUGGAGAAUGUCCGCCAGUGUAUACCUGAUGAGAAGCAGGAGGGAAUCACCUUCGAUGAGUUCAGAUCCUUCUUCCAGUUUCUCAACAACCUUGAGGACUUCGCCAUUGCCAUGCAGAUGUAUAACUUUGCUUCUCGCUCAAUUGGACAAGAUGAAUUUGCAAGAGCAGUGUAUGUAGCCACUGGGCUGAAGCUGACACGUCACCUUGUUAACACCAUCUUCAAGAUUUUUGAUGUAGAUCACGACGAUCAGCUCUCCUACAAGGAGUUCAUCGGCAUCAUGAAAGACCGGCUGCACAGAGGAGCCAGGGGCUAUAAAGCUGUUGCACGAGCCACCUCUUUUAAAUCCUGUCUGAAGAAGGAGCUGGCCAGCAGCAGGUGAAGGGUAAACACUACACCUCCUUCUCCAGCUGCGUUCGCUCUGAGGCCAGGAGACAAGUUCACAAGCUCUGGAGGAGGUACAAGGAGAAGUCGUAGAGGAGGACGCAGACAGACUGCAGAGGAAAACAUGAAGGAAAAAUAAUUUUUAAAAAGCAAGAUGACUGAGGUCUGACUAAUAAAGUCUGAGUUAGCAAACAAGGACACAUCUCCAAAGCAAAAAUAACUCUUCAAGCAUGACUGCACACAGUGGCUGAUGCUCUGUAUGCUGAUGAUAAGCGACAUGACAUGUUUCCUGUUUUCCCUCUUCCUCAUUCCAAGUAUGAUUUACAGAGCUAAUUCACAAAGUAGAAAUAGAAUUCAGCUUCAUUUCUCAAGCAUGGCGCCUCCACAAUAGUUAGUGAAACUGCAACUAAUGAUUCUUUUUAUUUUAGAGAAAUAAUCUGAACAGCAUAAGAUGUUUAGUCAUUUAUUAUAUAGUUAUGAUUCAGCAGGUUGUAGCUUUUUAUAGUUCUACCAACUGAAAGGAAUCCUUACGUUAUGAUUG